CCUCCUGGAUUUUCUCUACCCCCUCCGGUAUCUAAUGCCCCACCAAACUCAAUAACAGCCUUGCCGUCUCAGAGCAACUCUCUUGAUGUUGGAAAUCAAGAGUUAUGGGUCGAGACCAAAACAGCUGAAGGAAAGAGUUACUAUUACAAUGCACGAACACGAGAAUCUGCAUGGACAAAGCCAGAGAAUGUGAAAAUCAUCACUCAAUCAGAGGUAGAAGCAAUGGCUGCUCAAAUGACUAGUCAAACCCCACCUACUGUUACCACUAAUACUGUAUCCUCUCCAGGGGGUACUACAACUACUGCUGCUGCUCAACCAGCUGUGGCACAAGACUUACCUCCUGGAUUUAAUCCAAAUUUGGUACCUCCUGGUUUUAAUACUAAUGUAAUGCCACAGUUGAGUACGCCAGUAACAGCAGUGUCCACAGCCGCAACUGUAACACCUCCACUUGUUAUUGCAGCACCUCAAUCAGAGACGGUUCACACAACUGACCAGUCUGCUGUUGUAGCAGAAAAACCACCCCAAGGCCAGCUUCCUGCGAAACCCCCAGAGGUUGCUGAAUGGUCAGAACACAAGAAUGCUGAUGGCCGAGUCUAUUACUAUAAUGCCAAAACAAUGGAAUCCACUUGGGAUAAACCACAGGUUCUUAUAGAAUGGGAUGCCAAACUAGCACAGCUCCAGAAGCCUGACCCAGCUGCCACAGCCACUGAGUGUAGCACUCAGAUUAACACGAUGUUACAAGUAAAUGGAACAGAAGAAUCGGAGGAAAUUCCCAUGGAAACAUUACCUUCAAAAGAAGAAGAAGAGAAAAGCGAUGAGGAUGAAAAGCAGAAAGAAAGUGAGGAAAAAACCGAAGAACAAAAGGCUGCUGAUAAAGCUCGACCUGUUUCUAGUACCCCUGUUCCUGGAACCCCUUGGUGUGUUGUUUGGACUGGAGAUGGCCGAGUUUUCUUCUAUAAUCCUAGUCAGCAUCUUUCUGUUUGGGAAAAACCUGAAGGACUUGUUGGUCGUGCAGAUGUUGAACGAAUGCUACAAGGUCCACCAGGUGGCUCUCCAGCUGAUAAAAAAAAGAAAGAGGAAGAAGAUGAAGACGAACCUGCUACCAAAAAAAAGAAAAUUGAUAAAGAUGAAAGCAAGUUAGAUGAUAAGAGAGAAACUAUAAAACAGAUUGAUGCUGGUAAGGAAGCUGCUAUAGAGGCUGAAGUUCAAGCAGCAAGGCAGAGAGCUAUAGUACCUUUGGAGAUUCGGAUGAAACAGUUCAGAGAUAUGUUGGCAGAGAAAGAGGUGUCUGCAUUUUCCACUUGGGAGAAAGAAUUACACAAGAUUGUGUUCGAUACAAGAUAUUUAUUAUUGACAUCAAAAGAGCGUAAACAGGUGUUUGAGCAAUAUGUUAAGGAACGAGCUGAAGAAGAAAGACGGGAGAAACAUCGCAAACUGAAGGAGAAAAGGGAAUCAUUCAGGAUGCUGAUGGAAGAGGCAAAGUUGCACGGCAAGUCAUCUUUCAGUGAUUUUGCAGCUAAAUAUGGUAAAGACGAGCGUUUCAAGGGGAUUGAAAAGAUGAGAGAGCGUGAAUCUAUGUUCAGUGAUUAUGUAUCUGAACUUCGCAAAAAGGAGAAAGAAGAGAAGUCUACCCAGAAAGAGAGGUUGAAAGCCGAGUUUAUGCAGCUUCUGAAAGAGACUUCAAUUAUUGAACGUAAUUCUCGCUGGAGUGAAAUCAAGAAAAAGAUCGAUUCCGAUCCUAGAUAUAAAGCUGUGGAGAGUAGUUCUCGUCGAGAGGACUGGUUUCGAGAUUAUGUGAAAAACAUGGAGGAGGAAUCAGAUGACGAAGAUCGUAAGCAAAGGGAAAAACAAGAACGUGUUGAAGCCAGUCUAAGAGAACGAGAGAAAGAAGUCCAACGGACACUAUCUAAUUCUCUCCGAGAGCGAGACAAAGAACGAGAACAACACAAGAAAGAUGAAGCCAUACAGCAUUUCAAAGCUUUGUUGGCUGAUCUUGUGCGUAACUCUGAAUCUUCUUGGCGAGAAACAAGAAAACAAUUGCGUAAAGACCAUCGUUGGGAACUGGCGGAUUUGCUUGACCGUGAUGAGAAGGAAAAAUUGUUUGAGGAACAUAUUGAUAUUUUAAAUAAGAAAAAUAAAGAGAUGUUUCACAAACUCCUUGAUGAAACUCUUCAGAUUACAUUGACCUCUUCUUGGAAAGAUGUGAAGAAAAUGAUCAAAGAUGAUCCUAGAUAUUCCAAGUUUUCAUCUAGUGACAGGAAAAGAGAAAAAGAAUUUGAAGAUUAUCGCUAUGAACAAAUUGCUCAAGCUAAAGCAGAUUUCCGGGAAUUGUUAAAAGAGACUAAACUGGUGACAUACAGAUCAAAAAAGAUGAUAGAAGAAAAUGAAAUACAUUUAAAAGAUAUAGAAACAAUUUUACAGAAUGAUCGUCGAUAUUUGGUGUUAGAUUGCAUCGCAGAGGACCGCAAAAAGAUUCUUUUAUCCUACAUUGAUGAUUUGGACCGCAAAGGAGUUCCUCCACCUCCAACAGCAUCCGAACCAUCCAGAAGAACCACCAAAUAAUGAUAGAUUCCUGAUUAAGGCAGAGGAAAAAUGACAACGUUGUUGCAUUUCUAGCUUCUCAUUUUUCUUGUUUUAUCUUUCACACAUUUUAUACCAUACAUUUACAAACUUACAGCCCCUUUCCCAACCACAAACUAAUGAACUGUUUUAGAUUUCCAUCCUUCAUAUUACUACUGUACUGUAGCUAAAAUACCAAAGCCUUCAAGCUCUAACUUAUAACUGCUGCCUCACCCAUUCGUUCCAGCUGUUCUUGGCUCUGUAACAUUGGACUCAGCAUUUUACAGUACUAACAGUCAUUUUUUUAGCAGUAACAGUUGGCCUGUUUUUUUUUUUUUUUUUUGGUUUCUAUUUCAUGACUUUUAUUUUAUACAUUUUUCCAUGUAAAUUAUAAUUAAAACAAAUGAAUGGGA